UCCUCGUGGGCGAAGUCCGGGGCGACUAAUAAGACUCUCAUCAAACCCCUGCUCGCACUGGACCCCUGAGCCCGUGCAUCCUAGCUGUCUCGCUCUCGGCCAUUGGUCAAUUGCAUCCAAUCCGAGGGCCAGACGAUGGCCCCCGUCCCGCGGCCUCGGGCGUCAUUUGAGAUCCUCAGUGAUACGAGUUCCGGCGAGGAUGGGUUUUCUCCUCAAGAUAGCCCCCAGCCAAACUCUCCCCUCCGAGAUCUCUCUGUUUCACAUCUUCAGAAUCGCCAACCGACGACCGCGAGCUCAACGACGCCUGCCGUCGACUCUCUCACUGCCCGGAUCAGACAGCUGCAUCUAGACACCGAGACCCAGGCCAACGACAGCCCCGAGUGGACGACCGUUGGAAAGAAUCAAGGUCGGCGUCGCUUGGUCAGACCGGUUAUCACAGCAAACACCUUCGAAGUCCUCGAGACUGUGCCCGAAGACGAACCGAAACCCGCGCUCAAAGCCUCGGCCACGAGCGUCCCCCAUAAAACGCAGGGCAGCCACGAGCUUUCAGCUGAGGAAUACUCGGAUCACCCCUUGUGUAAGGCUGCGCGUCACAUUCCCGCUGCUGAGGAGCAGUUGGCGAAACAUCGCGAAGGCCGCUUCGAAUGGGUGCUUACGGUGAGAGUGCCCAUCCAACCUGCUUCGCCUCGUAGCGAUACGUCUACUACUCCCAAGGCCACCGCUGCGCCAGAGGUGAAGGAGGUCCAUUUCGGCUGCAACCUCUUGCCAAUACAGCGAGAAGCCGACCAACGGGAUCCAAGGGAGCCCGCUACGCCCCUCUACACAUUCCUAGUCUCUCCUUUGGCCGACGGGGAGGAGCUGCUGGACGACGGCGACGGCGACAGCGCAUCCCUAAGUCAAGAAAACAUGGCUCUUGCGGAACCCCAGCCCAAUCAUUCUACGCCAGCAAAGGAGCAAGGGGUGCCACCGGAAGAUGGAGCCCAGCAAACUCCGCCAGCGUCUGCCCCCGCUAAAGACAAGGAAAGACGCGCGGGGAUACAGCCUAUUGCUAGAAUCGAGGACUCCGUAGAGGCACUUGACAAGUUAGAGGAACAGCUAGAGGCAUUCGACGAAGUCGCUCGCUUCAGGCAGAUGCUGUCGCCUCCUGGUCCGGAUUCGGCGAGGAGAUCCACCAUGCAGUCCCUGUCCGUGAAGGCCAACGACACCGGUAGACCCAUCACGCCGCAGCCGAAGCAAAGCACUCCAACCCAGCCAGGCUCCGCUGCUGUCGGGGCCAAAUCGGAUGACGAGCCGCGACACCGGUCGGUGCGCAAAGCGGCAUCGAUGAUUUUCCUUAACCCUCCGAGGUUCGCAAGCGAGGAGAGACCCGCCGCCCAGGCCCCGCCGAAGCGGUCGGUCGGCAAGGGCAUAGCCAGUCUCCUCCCGCCGAAGCAGCCCGUCAAGUCGAGCAAGAAACCCACCAUUCCCACCUUUGAGCUGCCCGGGGACGAAUUCGCUCGCAAGCUCCGGGAAAAGCGCGAGGCCCGCGCGUCGGCGCAGGCCGCCAUGGAGCAGGCGACGAAGCCGACGCUGUCGAGCCUGCGGCGCUCCAAGUCGGUGCGGGCGCCGACGCGGCCCACCUUCGAGCUGCCGGGGGAAGCCAUCUCGCGCCGCAAGCGCGAGGAGCGCGAGGCGCAGCUGCGGGCGCAGGAGGAGGAAGACCGGCGGCGGCGCGAGUUCAAGGCGAGGCCGAUCGGGCCGCCGCCCGCGCCCGGCGCGCCGCCCCGGGAGACGGUCGCGAGCCGGGCGCGGCACGGCAAGGCGAACACGGCGGAGAACUCGCCGUCGCAGCUGGCGCCGGGCAAGCACACGCCCGCGGCCGCGCACGCCGGCCCGCGGUCCCCGCUCUCCAGCGCGAGCAACGCGUCGCAGACGCGCGGGCGCGGGCUGCGGCCGGCGGACCCGGUGGAGGGGGCGGGGGCGGGGGCGCAGGGCAGCCGCGGGACGUCGAGCUCAACGUCGGGCAGCGCCAGCGCGAAGCGCAGCUCGGUGUCGCUCGAGGACGUGCAGCAGCAGCGCCUGCGCGGCCAGGAGAUCUACAAGCAGGACAACUCGCGCACGCGCGACCGCGAACGCGAGCGCCGCGAGCGCGAGGCCCUCGCCAAGCUCGCCCGCGAGGAGGCGGCCGAGCGCUCCCGCCAGCAGUCGCGCGAGUGGGCCGCCCGGCAGGCCCGCAAGCGCGCGACGGUCGGCUCGCUGCGCGACGUCGUCGCGUGACAGGGCGGCGCCGCCGGAAGGGAGGAAGCAUCGAGUUAGGUAGUUCGUCGCCAGGAGAGGAGGAGGCGGGGCGGCGGAGGAGGGGAAGAAGGGCUAGGUAUUCUUUUUGCGAAGUCGCAUCGGUAUUCUAAAAAGGGCCGGGCUGGGCUGGCGGCCCGCGGAACGGCGAGGUCAGGCGUUUUUUUUUUUUUUGGCUGUGCGGCGAUAUAGAUGCCGCUGAGAGACGGCGGUGUGCGUCGCUAGCCACGGAGUCGCGGAGGGGGAGGAACAUGCUUUAUA